UUUCGCUCGCUGCGAGAGAGAGAGACUCGCAGCAAAGCUACGAGAAGGAAGAGCAAUGGCGACACUGGAUCGCCAAAUACCAAGUCCGGAUAGCUUCAUCUGCGAGCCUUGGUCUUCCUUCGUCCGUGCAACUGAAUUACGUCCCGUUGACAACACAGACUCGUCCUCGGGUGAUAAAGAGCUCCACUGCCACAGAGAAGCCGUUCAGCUCAGCACACAAGAGAUGUUUGUCUACAGCCAGUUUCCAGCACUGGACGAUUUUUCUCUCGUUGUGUGCCAUGUCUGCGAUAAGGUGGUCACCCCUCAGGGCAUACUCACGCACUACGGUAGCUGGGGUGUAGUUUCCCUGUGAGACAGACAGAGAGACAAACAGUCCUGGACCACAACACCACCACCCCUCCCAUUCCCUCCCCCACCCUGCACCCUGCAAAGACAUGCAUAGCAAGAACCAGAAACGCCAUGGCUCCCCCCUCCCCUCCCGCAGCCCGCUGGUCCCCAUGAAGCCCAAAGCGCCGCCAGCAGUGGCCCCCAGUCCCGGGGACACGCUGGCCUUCAGGGUCCCGAAAGAGUUCCCUCACUCCCGAUUCAGCAAGGCACCCCUCGCCGUCUAUCCGCCGAAGGGGGCGCGGAACAAAACAUGCGUGUCUCUUCCAGUAGUAAGCCUCAAGAAGAUGCCCUGCCUCAGUCGAGGUGACUCGACGUCCCACGUGCGCCUCACCUCUGCUCCCUCCUCGUCCUCCUCCUAUUCCCCGUCGUCCUCCCUCACUCCCCCGGCCUCUCAGCGCUCCGGCGAGAAGCUCACGAAUGGCCGUGGCAGCAGCAGCAGUGGGCCGUCCACGCCGCGCUCCGCCACGCCUCCGUCUUCUCUGGACAGGAGGCCCAGUCCGUCGCGGUCGCCCCUGGACAGACGGCCGUCGUCCACGCCUUCUCCUUCCACGCUCGACCGGAAACCCUCCCCGGCAACUUUGCUUUCACAGCGAUCUGGCGCCGCGUCGUCGUUAUCGUCAACACUGUCGUCUUCGCCGUUGGAAAAGAAACAACAGAACGGGACGAAGGCUUCCUCCAAGUCACACAGGAGACUGUCAGGGAGAGUGUUUGAUCCCAACAAGCACUGUGGAGUCCAGGAUCCGGAGACCAAACGACCCUGCACGCGGUCUCUCACCUGCAAGACUCACUCGCUAACCCACCGCCGAGCCGUCCCCGGUCGCAGGAAACACUUCAACAUCCUCCUGGCGGAACACAAGGGACGAGCGAAAGAGACGGAGAAGGACGGGGAAGGCGUGCAGGGAGCGAAGGAACGCUGCGGCCAGACUACCGCUACACAGGAGAGUCCCAGCAAGCCUAGCUGCCCCAACGGUCGCCCUCUGUCCACGCUCAAACUUCGGCUGGCAAACGCUCACAUACCCAGGGUCCCGGGGGGCUACGUCAACGCCACCUCCAGUUCUGUGCCCCCAGCACCGGCCCCUGCUGUGGCCGCUAACCCGGAGCUAUCCCCUCUCAGCUGGGUGACGGCAGUGGGAGACGGCAGUCGGGUUUCCAGCGAUGAGGGAGAGGCUGAGACUCCAGACGACACGGACCGACCUGCCGUUCUCUACUCUAAUCACCACCCGCAGCCUUUAGGGUUUUGCGUAUACAGCAGCCGGCUCCUGGGACGUGGUCACUACGUGUUUGACAGGCGAUGGGACAGGAUGAGGCUGGCGCUGCAGAGCAUGGUGGAGAAACACCUCAAUGCACAGAUGUGGAGGAAAGUGCCUCUGGCUUCUGACAGCCUCCUCCCCCUCUCUUCCUCUGGUCCCUCCUCCGUCACUCCUCAGCAGACCUCGUCUCCCACAUCUGUCGCUUCUCCUCUCCUCGUCUCCCCCUCGGACUCCCUGUUCUGUACCGCCGCCUCCACCCAGUCCACAGCCGGUGUGCUGUGCGUCCAAGCCCACGCCCCCAUUUCCACACCGGGCAAAGCCCGUAACAGUGCCCAUAAAACCAGCCGCCCAUCCAAAGACAAGGAGGACUCUGACGUAGGAUCUAAGAAGAGAAAGAACUCUUCCUUCUUCGCCGCCUCCUCCUCCUCCCUUUCCUCUCCUCCUCCGUCUUUGUGUUUGACUGUGGAUAAUCACAAGAGGAACGGCAGCAGCUAUCAUUCUACUUUACAAAGUUCAGGAGCGGCCGCUGCCGCUGCUUCCCCGUUCAAGAAAAAGGGACUGGAGCGCGGCGGAGGAAGCGGGCUUUGGCACGGCGGAGAUGACUGGCUGUCGAGAUCUGACGCAUCCCAAAGCCUCAACUCACAGAGCAGUCGCAGUCUUGGCAGCACCAGUUUACCAUACACAUCCAGAGAGCCUGCCUCUGCAACCCAUCAGCCCCUGGCUCCGCCCUCUGCACCGCUGGCUUAUGGGGGAGGAGUGGAGGGGAGGAAGAGGAGGAGUCCGAGUUCCUACAGAGGAAAGACCGGCAAGCUGAGCAAGCCGGGCGAUCUGGAGAGCCUCUUUGGUAAAGGAAAUGACAUUGGGGGCAUACUGACAUAUGGAGCUGAAUCGCCGCGACAGGCCAAGUUGCAUCACUGACAAGAACCUGUUUCCUGGACAGAACGUUGGGCAGCUGGUUCAUCACUGUUGGCGACCUUCAACCUCACCGCUGUUCCACGGACAUCGCCGACAUCAUCGUGGACAUCGCUGUGACAUCAGGGCUCUGGAGAUUUUCACUCACGGGGGCGGGGGGGGGGCGGCGGCACGGCAGUCACUUCCUUUCCUUGAGUGUGGAUCGCUUUGAUGGAAUGCUGCCGUGCACCGCUGUGUGCGAUGUUUUUUUCAAAAUAAAAGACAAGUGGCAUCCAAAGGAAACUUCAUGGAUGAAAAGGGAAAAUCGCCUCUAAAAAAUCAAGUCACUGUAUAUUUUUUGAGGAGUAAUUUAAAGAAAAAAAACAAUCAGAUUUUUUUUUCUUUUUUCUGGUUGUUUUGCCUGUGUUCUGGAAUCAUUCUGAUUCUUUUCUGGGAGAUAUAUAGUUGUAGGACUUAACUGACACGACUACUGUAGAACUCGGAUAUCAGCUAUGCUACCCCCCCUUUUUGUCUUUAUCUCCUCCUCAAUGAUGGAGGAGACAACAGCAUUUCUCUCCACUUUUUUUUUUUUUUAAAAAAACAGAUUCCCGUUCCUCCUUCCAUAUCCAUCCCAGAAUGCCUGUAUUCAAAGUGCACUUACCACCCCUUGACUCCAGAGCGUUUCCACAGCCGCACGAGGACCUGUUCACACGAGGGAGGGGGAGGAAACAAACGGAGCCGCAUCAUCAUGCAUUGCAAUUUCAAUAAAAGGAAGAAGUGUGACUCGAUUUGAAGAUUUUUUUAUAUAUAUAUAAAUAUAUAUAUAUAUUAAAUCUGCUUUAAAUGUUGCAAGUAACUUGUAACUAGUAAUAUGUGUCAGGACUUGCACCCAAAAAGGAAUUUUGAUUUUACGAUGGUGUUGGAUGUUUUGGUUUUUUUUGUAUGAUAAUUUAUGUUCUUAAAAUGUUUGUUUUCUAACGGACUAUUAAGGUUUGAGUCAUUUUGAGCAAAGGAAAAAAAAAAAAAAUUCUUUGGCAAUUUGAAGAAGUAUUAUGAUACAAUGUGUACAUAUCUGUUAUUAUUUUUGUAUUUAUUAAUAUUGUGUGCCCUUUUAUGGAAUAUGAGCUAGAAGAGGGAAUGUUUUUUUUUUGUUUACCUCUUGCGCCUGCGUUGAAUGAAACUGAUGAGGAUGGUCUGGUUUCUUAAAACCUUCCGAGAUUAAGCGUGUUUCGACUCGCACACGUUGGCUGAUUGUAACACAAACUGUGGUUUCUGUUUAAGUCAUUUUAUAGACUGUGUUGGCAAAAUGACAACAACCUGUGGUCAAUUUUUGUUAACUAUUUGAUUUAGUCAAGUUCUAAUUAGGGAUGGUAUCUGAAGCAAAACAAAGAAAGGAAAAAAAAAGGGAUCAUUCGUUGAAUAUUCUAAACUCUCUAAAAUAGAAGUCGCUAACGAGAUGCAUUCAAAGACCCUGGUAAAUUUCAUGAUGUCUGCGGAAUCUACAUUGUGUUAAAAUUAGGAGAGCAGCUUCAAGAUUAGUUCAAGAAACCUUUUGAAUUUCAUCCUUUCUGCAAACACACAUGAAAUCCACUCACUAAGCGCUUACUGCUGCUGCUGCUGCUGCCACCACCUUAAAAGCUGUUUUAUAAACAAAUUAGUAAUAAAAUGAUCCAAUAUUUAUGCCCAGCUCUAAUUAAAAGUCAAAUCUCCACAUCCAUUUCUCGAGAGCUUCCAUCUGCGUCCUGCAUUCUGUGUCCCAACUCCAGAGUUACUUGUACUAUAUGCUGCUGCUCUCCUUCCCGUUAUAGAUUAGUGUUGUCGAAUGUUCUAUUUUCACAGGAAGUUGUACCGUAAACGCAGGGAACCAUGUCGGUCAGGUGUCUUUUGCUGGUUAGACUUUCCAAAACAAAGCAACCAUUUUAAAAAUACUUAAUUCUGCAAUUUUUAAAAUGUUUCCUAUGUGCAUUAGACGCCACACUUUAAUAGAAAUGCGAUUGACAUGCUGAUUUAUUUUUUGUGCACUCUCUAGUGGUCGUUUGUUGCAAAACAACAGCAACCUAAUGGAAGUCGGAGUUGUUGCGGGAGAUAUAAAUUAUUCCGUCAGUGUGGUUUUAUUAUUCUGCGUCCUCUUGAGCACAAGGUCGGGGGCUCGACGCUCGUGUGCUGAUCGGGAUAUUUACGACCUCUCUCGUCGUUUAAGUCUUUCUAAAGAAUAUUUUUUGUUAGGAUGAUUAACUGUAUAAAAAACAUUGGAAAGUAACCUCUCUUUGAACCCUUUGCAGUUCCUCUUUUCUGGUCAGGCAGAAAAACUUACCACUGGACAGAAAAUCAAUUUUUGUACUGAAAGCGGAUUCAAUUCAAGACUGAUGUAUCUGAAUUCUCACAGUGACUAUUCAGGGAACGCACGAAGAUCCUCUCAUUUCUAGUUCAUGCCACCCAUACAAUGUGCGUCUGAUGUAAUUUAAUGUAAAGGUGUUGGUUUUGUGAAACCAGCCUAUGGUUUGUAUAAAGAGCCCCACGUUCCCGUUUGCUUGUGGUUCUACCCUUUGUUUUUUUUUCCCCCUAAAACAUUCAAAUCUGAAUCGUCUUCACAGCCUGAUUGGUGACGUCUAACCGUUUUGGGUUUUUUGGGAUCAGUUUAGCGACACUGACUGUGUGAUCUUUGUUUUUCCCUGUUGAUGCACAUGGUACUUCACAGUGUAAAUGUCUGUUUUUCCCCCUCUACUCGUUCCCUCUGUUUUGAAGCUUGUUGCCACCUGUGGAUGCUCACACAUGUUAAACUCGACCAUCUAAGACCAGCAGAUUUCCUUGAGAGUAGGUGGCUCUCGCAUUGCCCUACAGGCAGAAAGAAAAUAAAUCCAGCUCGGUGUGUUCUCGUGACACAUCAAAGAUUGUGAUCUCGUUGCACUAAGGAGACGUUCUCUGACUCAGUGUUGAUAGCAAUAGGAAUGAGAAAGUUACAGUCGGUUGCAGCUAAAACUAAGAUGAAGCUCAUGGAUGUUUGUACAUUUUGUUGUCGCUUUGAAACUAUAGAGGUAUUGACUCUUCUCUUCUCUUGUUGAAACCUUCCCCCGUUCUCUUUUGUCGUCGCACUUUGUCACAAAGAAAGCCCGCAUCUUUAAUCAAUUUCUAUUUAUAUAAAUAUUUGAGAUAUGAAUCUGUCUCUAUAUUUUUAAAGGAUGGCGUCAGUAGUAAAAAAAAAGAAGUUAAACAUUAAAUAUAUUCUUGGCGGGAAGGUUCCUAAACCAGCACAAUGUUGUUAUUAUUAUUAUUAUUAUCAUUAUUUUUCUGUAUCUGAUCAAAACUGUGGUGACUUUUGAAUGUCUGACAAAUACUUUGUAAACAUGUGGGGGUUUUAAUUCUCUCUGCGUUCAGAUCAGAAGAAAAAAAAAAAAAAACAUUUCCUAUCCAAACACUUUUAACACUUGCUGUAAAAAGAAACGGUCUUAUAUUCACGCUUUUAUUAAAUGAUUGAAAGUG